AUGGCUGAAUCUUCAAGGGAAGAUACAAGUGAUAUGCUUCGAAUAUUAGUAGCUACGGACUGUCAUCUUGGUUAUAUGGAGAAGGAUGAAAUUCGCCGGCAUGAUUCGUUUCAGGCGUUUGACGAGAUUUGCUCCAUAGCUGAGCAAAAACAGGUGGACUUUAUACUCCUUGGGGGUGAUCUUUUUCAUGAGAAUAAGCCUUCAAGGUCGACCUUAGUCAAAGCUAUUGAAAUCCUCCGUCGCCACUGUCUCAACGAUCGACCGGUUCAGUUUCAAGUCGUGAGCGAUCAGACAAUGAACUUUGCGAACUCCUUUGGCCAAGUGAACUAUGAAGAUCCUCACUUCAAUGUCGGGAUGCCAGUUUUCAGCAUCCAUGGAAAUCACGAUGAUCCCGCUGGCGUGGACAAUCUUUCUGCAGUUGAUAUCCUUUCAGCAUGUAAUCUAGUUAACUAUUUUGGGAAAAUGAUUCUUGAAGGGUCAGGUGUUGGUCAGAUCACUCUCUACCCAAUUCUUAUAAAAAAGGGCUCAACAUCGGUAGCUCUUUAUGGCCUUGGGAAUAUCAGAGACGAACGCCUGAAUCGAAUGUUUCAGACGCCACAUGCUGUGCAGUGGAUGCGACCGGAGGCCCAAGAAAGUUGUCAAGUUUCAGACUGGUUCAAUAUACUAGUACUUCAUCAGAAUAGAGUGAAAGCAAACCCAAAAAAUGCAAUAAACGAACAUUUUUUGCCUCGGUUUCUGGAUUUUAUUGUCUGGGGGCAUGAGCACGAAUGCCUUGUUGAUCCGCAGGAAGUUCCAGGUAUGGGUUUUCACAUUACUCAACCUGGUUCAUCUGUUGCGACAUCACUGAUUGAUGGUGAAGCGAAGCCAAAACAUGUGCUGCUCUUAGAGAUUAAGGGAAAUCAGUAUCGACCGACGAAGAUACCUCUCAAGAAAGUAAGGCCUUUUGAGUAUACAGAGGUAGUGCUGAAGGAUGAACCUGAUAUCGAUGCUAAUGAUCAGAAUUCCAUACUCGAACAUUUGGACAAAGUGGUAAGUAGUUUGAUAGAAAAGGCUAACCGAAAUGUUCCGAACAAAGCAGAGCUCAAGCUUCCUUUAGUUCGAGUCAAGGUGGAUUAUUCUGGAUUUAUGACUAUAAAUCCGCAAAGGUUUGGGCAAAAGUAUGUCGGAAAGGUAGCAAAUCCUCAGGACAUUCUUAUAUUUUCUAAAGCAGCUAAAAGGGGUAAAACUGAUGGUAAAAUUGACGAAUCUGAACGUCUACGACCUGAAGAACUGAAUCAGCAAAAUAUUGAGGCUUUAGUUGCUGAAAGUAAUCUGAAGAUGGAAAUACUCCCUGUCAAUGAUUUGGAUGUGGCCUUACACAAUUUUGUCAGUAAGGAUGACAAGAUGGCCUUCCACUCUUGUCUGCAAUACAACCUCGAAGAAACUCGUAGUAAAAUUGCUCAGGAUCCAGAUGUGCAGAAGUUUGAAGAGGAAGAUAUUAUUGUCAAAGUUGGGGAUGAUAAUAAAUGUUCAUAUUUGCAGGAACGUGUCAAAGAAAGAGCCUCGACUCCAAAAGAUGCCCAUCUGUUCACAUUUGGUGGCCAGUCCUCUGAGAAUAUUAGAGGAAGAAGUACCGGAGGUGUUGGAAGUGCUGUUUCCUUUAGUGAUGAUGAGGAUGCUACCACAUUUUCUGGCGGAAGAUCUACCAAAAAGGGUGGGAAACAGGCUUCACAAUCUUUGAAGGCCUCUCGUCAAGUUCCGGAAGCUGGUAGGGCUACUGGAAGAGGGAGAGGGCGAGGGAGAGGAAGGACUUCCAAUGCUUUAAAGCAGACUACACUAGAUUCGGCCUUGGGUUUUCGACAUUCACAAAGACCCGCAUCAGCUGCGGCAUCAGCUUCUGUUCGGAGUUUGGUCGAUGAGGAUGAUGAAGUCGACUCGGAUUCAAAUGAUGAGACAGCUAAACUCGAUGCUAAUGACAUUGCCGACAGCUCAGAUGAUGACGGGACUCUGCAAGGGAAAGGCAAAAAAAGAGCCGCCCCAUCAAGGGGAAGGGGCAGGGGCAGGGGCACUACCACCACCGUUAAAAGGGGAAGGAAAUCAGACAACUCUUCAUCUUCUUCACUUCGUAGACUGCUCGGGAAUGAUGAUGAUGACGACGAUGAUGAUGAUGACAUGGGGAGGAAAAAGUCUCAACCUCGGAUGACGAGAAAUUAUGGAGCUUUAAGAAGGUAG